CGUGCUAGCGUAAAGAUGCAGACCCAACCCCUCUCCGUUCAGCUCUGUGAAUACAAGUGAUGAAAGAAGACUGAUGUACAUUCCUGAAUGACACUGAGUGAACCAGGAAGUAGUCAUAACCAUGUUGCUUGGCCAACACGUCCGAGAUAAAACACUGGUCGUCCUCAUUUGAAACGCUCGUUUUUGUUUCCCUUUACAAAGCAAGAAACAGCAAUUCAAUGAGUAAUGCAACUUAUGAGGAAAGCGUGUCCGGUAAUAUCGCGAGGUUAGCCAGUCGGCGUGAAUGUGGCUGCUACUUUCCGCGGGCAGGAAGGACCUAACUCAGCACACUCUCCUGCAAGUGUGCUGAAGACUAUGCAAAGGUUGUACUUAGAACUAAAUUAAAUUUACUUAAUCUCUACCCAACAUCGUUUUAGACGUAGAUCAAAGUUUUAUUUAUACCCCGAAGGGUCUGGAAUACAUGGACGCUAACGUUAGCUCGCUAGUUAAGAGACAUUUCAGUGAAAAUCGUCCGUAUUUCCCCUGAAAGAAACAAAAUGUCCGCGGAGCACAGAGCAAGCUGGAUACUGACAGGCACCGUGGUCGCUUGUGUCGCCGCUCUGUAUGUGCCCUCUGUGCAGAGGACGGUCCCCGGUGGAGACUCAGGAGAGCUGAUCACCACUGCUUGUGAGCUGGGGGUGGCCCAUCCUCCAGGAUACCCACUCUUCACUCUACUGGCUCACAUGGCUAUGCGUCUGCUGCCCUCACUCUCUCCAGCCCACAGCGUUAACCUGAUGAGUAGCCUCCUGGGGGCUGCAGCUUGUGGUGGCUUCUGCAUUACUGUCUGCAGGUUGGCAGGUCCUGGUCCUGGAGCAGUGCUGGCUGGUGGGCUGUUCGCUGUGUCCAGACUCAGCUGGCAGUGGUCCAUGGUGGCAGAGGUCUUUACCCUCAAUAACCUUUUUAUUGGCCUUCUCUUCUUCUUGACCGCCAGUUUCCGCUGUGCUGAAAAUGCCACGCAGAGGAAGAAGAUUGCACACUGGGGGGCAUUAUGCUGUGGCUUGGGGCUCUGUAACCAGCACACACUGGUGCUGUAUGUGUUGGUCAUCAUUCCUUGGGUCCUUUACCGACUGUGCUCUCAAAAGGAGCUGUCUUUGCGUGGCCUUGUAUCUCUGGGAUUCUGUUUCCUCGCUGGCUUCCUGCCGUACAUCUACCUGCCGAUUUCAUCCUACCUCAACACAGCCCGCUGGAGCUGGGGUGACCAGACCACCCUGUCGGGUCUGUUGACCCACCUGCUGCGAGCUGAAUAUGGCACAUUCUGUCUGGCAAAGACAGAAAGCUCGGUUAACCUGACCACAAUGCUGCAGGCUCAGUUGGACCACUCCCUGGCAGAACUUUCACUUCCUGUCUUGGUACUGGCAGGAAUGGGCUUUGCGCUCUCCUCAUUGGACAGGAGGUGUCGCUCAGUGUCCUGGCUGUUAACUGUCAUGCUGGUGGUCUACUCGCUGUUUUUUGCAUGGAGAGCCAACCUGGACAUUAGCAGACCCUUACUGCUCGGAGUGGUUGAGCGUUUCUGGCUCCAGAGCGAUGCUGCAGUGUGUGUGCUGGCAGGCCUCGGCUUGAGCCGGACUCUAGCUGGGCUGGAGAGGAGGCUGGGCUAUGGGGGGUUGUGGAAGACCACAGGCUGGGUCUUCACUGCAGCUCUGCUGGCACAUAUGGUGCACACCAAUCACAGGGAGUGUGAUCAGAGUGGGAACACUGUGGUGGAGAGGUUCGGCAGGGAGCUUCUGGCCUCCUUCUCCAAAGACUCAAUCAUCCUGACCAGAGGAGAUCUGCCUGGAAAUUCUCUGCGAUACCUGCACUACUGCCAGGGCGUACGGCCUGAUGUACGCCUGGUUGAUCAGGAGAUGAUGACAUAUGCUUGGUAUGUGGCCAAGCUGGCACAGCACCACCCUGGGAUCCACUUUCCCGGCCGCUGGUGGGACCCGGUCAACCCCGAGGAGAAAGGCACCUUCAGUCUCGAUCAAUUUCUGUCCCGCAACACGCAGAGGGAUGUGUUUGCCUGCAUCGGGCUUCCUGAUGGAGACCUGAGCUGGGAACACAGUUAUUCCCGCUGGCCCCUGGGUGUGUGCGACUACUUAGCGCCCGUUCAGAAGCAGUUUCACCCUGAAGAGUGGGCUCAUCGUACACGCAAUAUCUAUAACUGGAGUGAUCCACACAACAGUUUCCAUCCUGCAUCCUGGGAGCGUGUUGCUAAUGAAGAGAUGUGGCAAGCCAGGAUGAAGACGGCUUUCUUUCUGUUUGACCUGGCUGAAAGGAUGCAGGGAGAGGGGAAAGCUCGCCUCUUUGAGCUGUCUUACACUCUAUAUAAGGAGAUUGUUGAGGCCCACUCCGACUAUCCUCCAAACUGGGACAAGAACCUGGCUCUGGCUUGCGAGAGGCUGCUCCGCUCCGGUCACAGGGGUUACAGUGCAGACAGCCUACUGACCUGCAGUGUCCAGCACUUCAGUCUUUACUUAGAGAAGGAUCCCACUGAUCCCCAGGCACCCGCCAUCCGCUCAGCCAUUACUCACCUGCUCCAAGAGAGAGACAGAUUCCGACAGAGCCGGAGGCAAACCCCAUAAGAUCCACGGAGCUGGAACAAUGGAAAUUAUGGCUGAGCCAAUGUGCCUCUUUGUGUGGUUUUAAGGUGACGCUCUAUGUGGAUCAAGACUGGUGCACUGGUGUUAAGUUUGGCUAAAUGUACUGUGCCAAAUUGGACUUGUAUGUCAGAAUUUGAAAUGAAGGGAAAUGCUGGUGGAUAAGUUCUUGUUUGAAGUUACCAAACAGAGCUAACACUGUGCUACGUCUCAUUUGAUGAAUGUUUACAGUUGACCAGCGGCAGGGCAUGACUUUAGGAAGCCCUGCCUGACCUCAAUCAAGCUCUGCACGCUUCUCUUAAAGUCACCCAUUCAAUUGCUUUAUCGUUACAUCUCGUUCUCCCCCCCUUUUUUUUUUCCUAUUCUGCUCUCAGAGCUUUUAACGUGCUGAUUAUUCUGCCUCAGCCUCUGCUCUACUUCUUUUUCUCACAUUAGGAUGGCAAGACCGAGAUUGAGGGAAACCCAAUUUGGGGGCAGAAAUGGGGGAUUAGAGCGGCUGUUUAAUCUAGGACAGACUUGUGCUGUGCCACGCAGCCUCACUCCACAUCAGUGGCAGCCCUACACACCCACCCACCCCUCUAUCCUUCCAUCAGUCUAUCUUAGAUGGUCCUUUAAAUGUUUAAAACUAAUGGAUUCGAUGAGUGCUUUUUUACCCCCCCCUCUCUCUCUUCCUUCCUAACAUGAGGGCGGUAAUCCCGCUUGGAUUUAAAUGAAAUGUGAAAUGUCACAAUGCCAGGGACCCUUUUAGAGGUGCGUUCGUGCGUGUGCCCAUGUGGGCAUCUAUGUUGAUUUGGGUCUGCAUGUGUGUGAGAACAUGCUUAAAUCUCCACUCAGCCCCCUCUCCUUGCCAGAAUUGCUCAUAAACCUAUUCGAUAAACAGAUCGGCACACUGAAAAGCAAAAUGCUUUGAUCAUUAGAGAGACACAAAGUCAUGGAAAGUUCACGGACAAACGCAGAUACGCAAGAUUUUCAAUACUCGACUCACAGAAAAAUGGAAUCUCAGGUCUGUGAAUGUCGGGAAGAGGUGCCGUCAAACUUAGUCUGACUGGACCAGGGUUGUUUGAAGAACACCCCUGAAGUACGCCCUUGUAUCUGACGCAUCGGUUACACACUGUUUUUAAAAAUGUUAGUGUUGAUGUUAAUGAACCUCGUGCCAUGAAAUUUGUUGUGCAGAGGUCAAAUCAGCAUUUUGCCAUAAGCUUUAUAAAAGGUUUCUGAAGAAGCCUGCUGUUUGAGAUACCAGCGGAAAGCGAGGGACAGUGAGUGCAUGUGCAGUUUUCUCCGAAUGUAAUCUGCCCUCUGUGUUCGCAGGCCUGGUUAGCGGCUGUCAGCUGGCUGGAUGAUGAGGUUCGACCUGCUGUAGCGCAGAUGGUUUGGUUUCACAUAAAAACAAGAGGGAAACUGUCAUUCUGCUUUCUACAGAUUAAAAUAUUUCAAUAAAGAUUUUUUUACGUAUUUUUGUGCUCUGAUCCGAAAUGUAGUAUUUUUGAUCAAAAAUGUUAUCACAUUUGUUGUUUUGACAUUGCAGGCAAAUUAAUAAUGCGAGUUUAAAUCGUGUUUUUUAACUUCACUUGACUGUAUUGGUGUAGUUUAAUGUUUACAUCAGUUAUCUGCUGCCACAUGGCUCAUCCCCUCUUAUUUUACCUUACCUUCCUUUUAUCAUCCCCCUCUUGUCACCCACCCUCCUCGCCUCCCACCCCCUCUCACUCUGUCUUUCCGUAACCCCUCUGUUCCUCUUCUCUCCCGUUUCUGAGAGUCACUUGCCCACCCUAAAUCAGCAAGCUGCCGAGGAUUGUGGGAACCCAUGGAAUCGCCGUGACCAGGGAUGCAGGCAGGGAGCCACGGCAACGCUGGAAUGUGGGGCGUCUGAGGAGAUAAGAGCUGUGAGCCCAGCCAGGGAGAGGCGCGAAGUGGGGGAGGAUGCAGAGGCAGAGUGAGGAGGGUGAGACAGAAACAGGGAGAGCAGCAAGUCUGUGAAUGGGGAAACAGAAACACAACGCCAUAAACAGCCAGAGAGCAAGACAGAGUGAGACAGAGAAAGAGGGGCGGGGGACUUAGGGGGGCACACACUGGAGAUGGGAAGCCAGCCUUAUUCCUCUUUGCAUUUCAUUUACAUCCCUGGCCGUAUCGACCAAUCGGAUUGGGAGCAAAGCCCAGGGCUUAGGAGGGGAAUAAAAAGACAAAAUGCCUUUGCUGCUCUCAUCCCUCCCUGAUAAUACCCCUUCUGUUUUUCUUUUCUCCUUUUCUCUCGUCUAUAAGUAGAUACUGUCCGAAAUGCCAGCGGAAAAGCGACACCUCCGCUUGCUGUGUAUCUCAGAUAGACCGAGCGGGAGCAGGGGCUGAAAAGACAGCUUUAGCAACUGGGCCUAUCUCCACUCCUCUCUCUGGCUGGAUGGGAGCUUGGAGUGGAAGGAGGCGGAGGGCUGGGGUGUGUUGGUUAGUGUUUGGGAAGAGAAUAGAGGGUGUGAGAGGCAUGAUAUACUGAGCUGGCCACAGAUUUUGCAAAAUCUUACACUCUGAAAAACUUUGCCUUCAGAUCCCUUUCUUAAGCAUGAGAAACCUGUGUCAAGGAUGUUUACCAGGUGCCACCCAUCCUUGUAAAGGUUGCCAAUGCCUUUUACCAAAGUCUGCACAUAUUUGUUAGCUUAACAUUGCUGUCCCAUGCAAAAAGAAAUGUUUUUUUUCCUCCUAAGCCUCGUAUGUUUCAUUUCAUACUAUGAUUUAGUCAUGAAAGUGACUUAUUCAAGUACAGUACUGUCCAAGUCCUGAGCAGUUUAUUGAAACAUGCAAGCGUACAUGGAGAUACAGUAUAUGAGGUAAAAACAGUUUGUACAUUUCUAACAAGCUUGAAAGUCGAUAUUUGGUAUGACCACUUUUAUUCUUCAACACAGCCUGAACUCUCGUAGGCAAGCUUUCUUGUAUUUUCUUUAAGUUGUCUUUAGUAAUAUUUCUCUGGAUGCUGUCUGCCUUUUCUUCUGUCAAAAUGAUCCAACACUCCUUUGGUAACAUUGAGGUGCAGGCUCUGGGGAGGCCAGGCUUGCAUUCAUCCCUCCACUACUGAUUUCCAGUCCUGUUCUUGUCUAAGUUGGAAUACCUCAGUUUUUUUCACCCUGCUUCCCUUCCACAAGAAGGAAUUCUUAACAGCCACUGAGACCUUUUCUGAUGAGCCUUUAGUUAGGCAGUAGAUGGUUUUGAGGCCUGCCACUUCUUCUGUCCUCUAUUCAUCGAGUUUCCUCAGUUUUUUUGUGACACAUUGCACACCAUGCCAAAACAUGCCUAGUUUUCAGCUAAUAGCUCUUUGCGACUCUACUUAUUGGUGCAAAAAUACUAUUUUGUACUUGUCAAACUGUAUUACCUUUGGCAUUUUUCAUGAAUGCAAGAGGUAAAGAUAGAAGACAGUACUGUAUGUAUCAAGUAAACAUGUAUGAGAAAAUGUAAAAAAGCUGACUUAAAGCAGAUAAACAGUUCUCACUUUUGUCUAAGUGUAAGGAGGUGCUGAGUUUGGACCCAUGCAGUGCCUCUGUGUGCACUGGACUCUACCACAAAAGUCAUUCUAAAUCUCAAGAGUUUCACUUCCUUCAUGCAAAUGUAUUCAAAAAACAACAUUUGCCUGCAGGUUUGUCUGAAACACCAACUCCUGUGAGCAGGCACACUGUAACCUUAAACUUCUCUCAGAGGUAGCACUACUGUUAUCUUAGCUAAAUUAACUGCUCUCCUGAAUGUGUAUUGCGUAGAAUUAGGCCCAUUAACAUCAGUCUGUGUUGACAUCAUGAUUGACUUUUCUCAGGUUUCCGUUUGCCAUCACUCUUGAUUUGUGUUUCCACAGUGUGUGGCGGCCAGUGUUUGCAUGUCAGGUGCAGCAUGUGUGCAAGUUUAUUUGUACAGGUGUUUGUAGUGCCCUGCAUUGUGUUACUGUUUGUAUGUUGUAUUUGCAAGUUUCUUUACUGUGUUUAAAAAAAAAAACUGACAUUGUCUUCCUGCUCAUGUCUUUGUGUGGUUGCACCUAUACCGUUGUACUGCAGCUGGAUCCUGCACUGCCAAUGCUGCCUACGUAUAAAUAGUGCUUAUUGAAAUUUACUGUUUGAGAGAUGAGUUUAUCUCACUUGGGGUUUGUGGCACAGCUGUUAGAGAAAGAGAGGGUCCGUUACCUGCCUGCACCAAAAACCUGUGAGUGAUCAGGUUGUGGACCCCCCUGCAGCUUCACAGCAUCCUGGUCCUCUUUAGCCCACACAGCCUCCUCCCAAUAGUAAAUCAAACCAAACAAUAGAGGAAGAUAUCCGAGGGAUUAGAGGUCAGAGGGUUGGGGAAUACAACAUCUCUAUUUCCAGGAUCAAUUUUCAACCGCUUGGUAAUCUCUGCCCCCAGGCUCCAUAUACCUCCAGUGGUCUCUCUGGCGGGGAGGUGGCAUUGCCAGGCUGUUGGAGUUGGUACUCCAGCUGGGUGUGCGUGGUUGAUAGGAUAGCGGGAGAUGAGGUUGUAGGUUGAUGGUGUAGAUGGACAGGAGAGCAGAGGGAUGAGUAACAAUAGGUCCCUCCCCUGUAUCCAAACCGUACCUUAAUCCUCACGGAUAAAAGUGUAAAUGUACGGUGUGUACGAUCAUAUGCUCGUGACAUUUUAGCAGAUGAAAAACGUUCGGCGUGUGUCUGUGUGCUUCCUGUGUGUGCACGUGUCCACAAAGUUUGUUUUAAUCUGCAAAUUUGUAAAUGUGAAAUAACUUUGAGUUCUUUCGAGCAGGCUGAAUAUUAUCCCCAAGUUCCCGUUGUUAUCUUGUGUACACACAUUUGUUUAUUUGAUACAGCCCCGCUCCACUACAGCACUUCUGUAUAUCAAAGACAGCAGUGCGGAGCGUAAUUGAAAAUGGCUACCGUGGAGAAAGGUCUCUCUGCUUUGACUGAGAAGAGGCAGGAAAAAGCCUCAUUCUCCGCUCCCUUCUUAGAUCUAUUUAAAUAAUUGAGGAGUAAACUGACAAAUUAGGCACCUUUAUGGACGCCCCUGGGCUCUCUCUGGGGUCCUUCACUUUUCCCAGUACAAGAGAGCGCCACUAGGCACUGGAUAAUAUCUCAGUGUGCUUUGAGAAGAAGGGGGGUAGUGGGCCAGGAGGGGUUUCGCCAAUCAAGCGGGCCACACUUCCUCCCCCAGGUUCUAAUUUUGUGCCACAUUAAAGAGCUCGGCCUCCAUUUAGGACACAGAGAGGCAUUUUCAUAAUUUGCCGGGUCUCUCGACUAGCUCGGGGUGCCUUUUUUCCUCUCUCUUGCCUCUCUUUCCCUCACUCUGUAUCUGAAUGGAAGGCCCGGGGAGGAAGAGGGGUAAUUCAUUCGUUUCCUUUCAACCAACCAGCUUCAGUUCUGCAUAAUGUUGCUGCUAGGUGUGUACGGAAGCUAAUAUUUAUCUCUUUAAUAAUUCCCCAUUAGACCUGAAUAUUAUUUGCCACAUAAAGCCUACACUGCUUAUUGUGGGGUGUACAUUGAAACGGUGGCAUUUGUGCAUUGCAGCUGUGACCAUUGAUUAAAUAUGUGUACUGUACACCCAACACGUAAUCUAGGUUAAAGUUGUUUUAAUUCUUCUUGCUGACACCAUCCAUUCAUGCAGCUGCAGCAUGCGUAAGCAUUGAUUCAUAUGUGAUUGGUCACAUAAUUCACAGUCUCAGGGGGCAUUUCAUCGCUGACAGACAAGCUAAUCUGAAAUCCCCCAAUUUACAAAUGAAAAUCCCACCAUCCAAUUGAGCUAAUAGAGGGACUUGAAUGGGAUAAUAAGAUGUGGUGUAAUACUGUGUAAAAAGCCUGUAAUGUUGUGUUGGUGUAAGAGCCUGUGUGACUGGAUGUUUGACUGUUUGCAGUGAUUAUAGGGGCCUCCGGGCCUGGCGACGGCUCCGUGGCUGGGACAGGGAGCUUCUCCCUGGGCAAGGAGAUACGCCUGUCUGCCCCUUCUGCUGGAGCUACAGGGACCAGGAUGUCAUGAGGGAGAGUGCUCCCUGUGAGCUCUCUCUCUCUCUCUCUGUUUUGCUUUCUGUCUCUUUCUGUACCUCUCUCUCUCUCUCUUCCUCUCGUUCUCGGUCUGUACUAUUGCAGUGCUUGCAGAUGUGCACAAACAAGGGAGGAUUAAAGCAAAACGAAUCUAAACAGACAAAUGGAAUUAGAAUGAUGGGUGUCGGUGGGCUGGUUCACAGUGAUAAACAUAAUGAUGCUCUGUAUGUAUGUGUGUGUGAGUGUGUGUGUGUGUUCCUGUGUCUGGGGGAUUAUCAGUAGUUAGGUGUGUGGUGUGUAUGGCUGGGUGACUGCUUCUGGGUGUCUUUGUGUGUUUGCCUAUCCGUCUAUGUUUUUGUAAUUAUGUGUGUGUAUAUUUACUCUGUCUAUAGUUGUGUGUUUGAUAAAUUAGUUAUUCCAUAUUGCCUCACAAAAACAAGUCUCUGUGCCCUCUGCAUGUGUGUGGGUAUGUUUCUCUGUUUUCCUUUCUGUUAGGGUCACAUUUCUUUCUCGUCUUCCUCUGUGUUUCUGUUUGUGCAGCGGACACUUUUGCCUGUAUGUACUUAGUGGUCACCGAACUCAGUACUGACCUGCAACUUGAAUAUCAUAAGGCACUAUUUGCCGGAGUGGAAUAUGGAAGUGUAAAGCUGACCACUGCUCUGCUGUUUAUGUGCAGUUGUGUUGUGUUCUUCUGUUCUGCCAGCAGUCUGUGCGUUUAUGUGGUGUUGAGGUCAGGGGUGUGGAGGAACCAGCAGGGGGGCAGUGAUCAACAGUCUGGGGCUCCCCUGCAGAGGGGCUCUGGGAUUAGGGCUAAACCCUGUCCUGCCAGAUGGGCACAACACAUCCCCACAUCACAUACAAGCACCAGCACCUUUAGGACUGCUUUUGCCCCGCCCCCUUUCUCUGUGGAAACUGACUUAAACCCGAGGUAAAAAAGAGAGACAAAAAAGCAAACUGAAAUGCUUACACACUUUUUAAAAAAUCCAGUCUGUGCAGUAUAGAUAUGUAUUUUUUGUUUGUUUGAGGAAUACCAAUUUCUCCACUGAUUGAAUUUUCAAAUUUGGUGCAUGAGGGUUUUGUUACACUGACAUAGCAGGAAAAACGAGGCCGUGACAUGUUGUCCAUCGUUUCUUCUCAGGACCUCACAGAAAGGCGGCAGAGGAGACGACUGAGAUGAGGCACGCUUCAAAGUGUCAGGUAGUGGACAGUAUGGCCAGUCAGCAGGUUUCAAGGGCAUCAGAAAUGAAACUUACAGGUUGUUUUGAUGUGCUGUAUUUUAGAGCCACAGGCUACACUGAAAUGAUAAAGUGUGUCUGUGUGUGUGGGAAGGUCUGUAAGUGUGUAGAUUGGUGGCUCAGGCAUCAGCAGUGGGUUGAUUGCUUCCUGCUUGACUGUUAUCAGGCACAACUGGCACUAAAUAGCAUCUAUAAUAUUGAAUGCAUUCCCAUAAAUCUAUAAAAUUAUUAGCUUUUUAUGCAUUGGCUCAUCGACUUUAUGAAAAAUCUUGCUGUUUUCUGUUUCGUUACAAUUCCUUCUUUAACUCGUAGCGACCUAUGAGUCCAUCAAUCGCAAGUGGAUAACUUGACAUUUGCACGAACCUCCGGUGCUUUGUGAUAACAGCCCACCUGUAACUAUUAUCCACUGGUUCCCCAGCAUGACUUAGGAAAUCAUCUCUGCAUUACUAGAAAGCAGAUUACAUGAGACAAGUGUACAAACAAAUAAAAGAUUACAGGCUGUGAACAUGUUUCAGUCUAAUUCCCUUUCAACAAGCUGUGCUCAGCACAAUGCUUUUCUCUCCCCAAGCUAAAUUUGGAUUUCCCUGUUGAUGUGAAGGCCUGCUGGCCAGCCAUGUCUUCCACCAAGAGCACAACCUCUGUAAUGACAAUGUUCCACAAGACUGGCCUGUCUCCUCUGCUGGUAUUAGUUAGGCUUUGGAGUUCAAGUGACUACAGGGUUUAAACAUGGAUUUUUUUUAAAAAAAAAGAGGGGAAGAAAGACUCGCUGUUGUUCUUGAAAAGCUGUGUUUAUCCAGGAUUAGAGACACCAACAUGUUAAUAAUUGUUUCUCACAGAACUGCAAAGAAGCACUUUCCUGUAAUCCCCUAAUCAGGCAUUACACCUCUGAGCGAAGCCACAACGCAGGCGCGUGGUGUCUGUGACGCAGCACGCCUACGCUGUGUCGUACACCCACAUCUUCCCCAAACCACACCCACUUUGUACAAAAGCACCUGCUCUAGUUUUCCUUUUGUAAUCUACACUUCCUGCAUUUACCUCAUCUGCUCAACGCUGUAGAUCAGUUGGGACGAUAAUAAAUGUUUUCACUUUUAUAGUUUUUUUUCUUUGUUAUGAAGAAUCUGCUGUGGAUGUAUCAGAAAGUUCUGCACGUGUCUUUCAUUCAUUUUUAACUAUAACAGUCUGGUGUUGUUUGAACAUAACAUUUAUUAAAGCACAAUACUUCUGCUCCACUAGGUUUCAGAAAUAUAUAUUCUGACUUCUACUUUGCUACAUUUACAGCCAGAAUUGCUGCUCACUGGUAUAAGUUUAGCAAUUUAGCUAUUUUAAUGAAAAUGAUAAUUACACAUAUACAUCAUCCUAUCUAUAAUAAUUGGAUCAUAUAAUGAUAUAUGAUAUGCCAAUGCAAAAAAUCAGUUACUUUUGGUAUUUAUAGUUAAAUUGUGUGCUUGAGUAAGGAUCACAGUGAUUAUUUAUGUUUAUGUUUAUGGUAGCGUUUGCCUGCGUACGUGUCAGUUUGUUCAGUUUUCAGUGAAUUAUGAUUUAAACUUUCCAUUAAAAUUUGGCUUAAAUCCACUCAGGCCUUCAAGGUCAACUCAAUAAUUUAUUUUUAGAAAAUUUGCAAAAAUCUUUCAAACUCAACUAUGAUUUUUUACAAGUGUGGCGUGUAUCGUCAACAUAUAGAAAAUGCAGUAUAAAGAUAUAACAGCUGACCUUUGACCUAUUCGCCAACGUCAGUAGCUUGAUUUGAAGGUCAAAAUGAUACUAAUGCUAUAUAGAGCUAUUCCAUUGUUUGUAUUGAUACAGGGGCAUGUAUGGAGGGGAUUGUAAAUAUCACAGUACUUUGGAGCGCUGAGCACUUCUUCAAAUAAGGUCAAACUUUAAUAAAAUAUCUUAGCUUUACAACUGUGGUUAAAAUUCUGCUGCCUUUGCUUGGAUGGACAACAUUUAUGAAAUUAUACUGGUAUAUGGAGGUUAUAAAUACCACAUUACAGUAUCAUGUCACAUUUGACCUCUGACCUCACUUUUGCAUUUCAUAUCUGCUUUUCUUUGAAAUUGACUGAAAACUGUUUUAGCUUUAAGGAAAGUGUUGUCAGGAGAAAGUGAAUAUUCUGCCUAUUUAGUUUGAACUAUAUGAUAUUUUAUAAUGAGCUCAAGUUAUUCAUGUCCAGUUACCUAUAAAUCAGUACCUGUUACCCAUUACAUACAUCUGCAUAAUGUUUGUGUAUUUAAAGUAUCUGAUUUUUACUGUGCUUAAAAGCCUCUUUAAAAUAUGCUGAAAAAGAAAAAAGAAAACAAAGUGAAUAUGUAAAAAAUUCAGUAUUAUUUCCUUAUUAGUAAAUACUGUCCAGAGAGUGAGCUGCCUUGGGAGAGGUUGUGCUCUUUUUGUUCUGCCAUUGCUCACGACAUGAUAAAUAUCUUGAUUUGUAGAAAGGCAGAUAAGAUUUGUUUUCUGUCUGUAAUGGUGUUUGUGCCCUAAAAGUUGUAUAAAGCCUUGACAGCUCCCAACUUAAGCUCAUUUUCUUUCGUCAUUACUUCAUGCUCAUGUCUAUUGUUUUGGGCGAUCAUAUAUUGGUCUCUGUCACGAUGAAACCUCUUUGAAAGCCAGUUUGUUAUUUCUUAGGCCACCUUGAAAGUAGUUUCUGCAACCUGAAGCUGUGACACCUUAAGGAGGUGGAAUGCAGCACCUGUUGUGAUGCUGCCAAGGUCACAUAGUUGGAUAGUCAUUGGUCAGCUGUCCUCGGUUGUACAGUGGCAAAGGGUCAGACGUGAGACCACUGUACAUGCUGAGACGAUGACAGGGCCGAGGUUGGUGUUGAUGAACUUUUCUUCAAAGCAGUCCUGGGAAUGUGAUGGCUGUCAACGUGGAAGCAGUAGAUGAGCUUUCGUGUGCUGUUUAUGAAGAUUCCUCCAAUAUCGUGGCCUUUUAGCUUUACACAUGCUUGUUGAAGUUAUUGCACCCUUACCCACACAGAUGCAUGUUUGUCUGCAUGCUUGCUUGUUUAAAUGAGACUCACCACAUGUGGUUUUUCAGUCUUUUCAGUUCCUCAUCCAGUUUUGUUGUGAUUUUUUUCUUUUCAUGCAUCCAUUGUUAGCGCUUAAUGUUUGUUUGUUUGUUGUUCCCCCUGGUUUCUGCCCUCCUCCUGUCUCCUUGCGGGUUGGAGAGUGUGGUGAGGGGAUCGGCUGGGAUUAACCUGGGGAAUUUAAUUAGUGGACCUGUCUUCACCGCUCUUAACAUUUCAAUCUCCCUGGGCUGGCUGACUGGCCAGCAGCUGGGGAGUUCAGAGGCAAGACACAUGUUUAACAAACAGAUUAGUCAGUCAUCCUGGCGUAUGUAUGUGAUGUAGAAGCGAGAAAGAUGAAGAGGAGAAUAACUGAGAAAGCAUAAAGGAACGCCUUUUGCAAUUUUUACAACUACAUAUUUUGACUUUAAAAUGCAGUAAUAACCAGCUGUGACCAUGAAGGGGGGGCACUUUUUAUUAUUAUUAUUUUUUUAUACAUACGCAGUACUUGCCACUGACUUUGAUAGCUAAAACUGGGGAUUUGUGAGGCUAAAUUAAAACGUUUUUGGUUUUAAAAUGACGUGUAAAGUAAAAGUGGUCGAGACGUAAUUUUUCACAGGACAGUUAUCAUGCUCUAAUAUUUUAGAAUAAUUUUGACGGGUAUGAAUUAAAUAUCUGACCACACCCUGUCCUGUUGGUGGAGGUGUUGGGGAGCAGUGUUAUUGUGUAACCACUGUGAGCUUGGGGUAAUCACUAUUCAAUUCAAAGCCACACUAUUUCAUUGUAAUCCUGAUGCUAAACUCCCCAUUACCCCAUCUGGGACCCAACAACAACACCCCCCCUCUCCUCCCACCUACGCUGCAAGCACGCACUCAAAGCAACCGUGGCUGUGUGUUAGAAGUGCUGUGUGCCCUGUGAGCGCCUGCUAGGAGGGGUCAUGUCCAGCAAAUUAAAAAAAGCUGCCGUAGGAAUGUCGCCAAGUCUCACAGGAGCAACCGGCACCCAUCCCUCUUCCAGUGCUGACCCACUGGUCACCGGUGAAUCCCCUGUUUGUAUUCUGCACACACACCCGGCUCCGGGGAGCGAUCCCACAAGCCUCCUGUGGGACUGCUGAUAAUUUAAGUCAAACAUUAUGUCCCCGCUUGUUUGACACCCAUUUAAAGCUUUUCAAUCACAUGUGUUUGCCACAGUCCAUCGCCUAGCCCCAGAGUGCUAUCCAUGUCACACCUUUUGAAAGACCUAAUCAAUUUUGUUUGAUCAAGUUCCUCGUGUCAAAACAAUUGAUUUUUCUUCAGAAUGAGAUUGGUUGACUGAUAAUUCUGAAUAGGUUAGGUGCCCCUUUUUGAUUUCUAUGAAACGAGGUUUGUGGACUUUGUUCCCCUCCCCCAGCGUGCCUCCCCUCUGUACCCCUCCUAGUUUGGGGCUGACUGGUGUCACAGUGUAAUUAAGGACUCUUAAAGAGCUACGGAGCAUACUCAUUAAUGAACUGUAGCAUCCUUGCUGUCCAUAGACUGAAAAGAGGAGGGAGGGGCAGAUUCAGCUGGAGGGCUUGCCGGCUGAAUGGCUCGUAGUUCAGUUGGUGUCCAGAAGGUUGAAGAAGAGCCUAAAACUUGCACAAAAAAGGUUUUGUUGAUAAUUAAAAGCAUGAUGGGAAAUUGAUUAUCUUUUUUCAGGGGUAAUAGUCAUAAUUUAACAGGCAAAAUCUUGUCACUUGGGUUGGAAUCUAUUAAGGGCGGAGUUCCGCUACCCUUUCAACAACAAAA